AAAAACCGUCAACAAAUAUUCCGGGUGUUUUUUUCUCGAAAAAUAUUGUGCCUUUUUAUACAAACCGUAAAACGUCGAUGCAGUGACUGUUGCAGCAAUGCUGUCGCGGCUGUUAAAGGAGCAUCAGGCAAAGCAAAACGAAAGGAAAGAACUUCAAGAACGACGACGUCGUGAAGCCAUCGCAGCUGCCACCAGCUUAACGGAGGCCUUAGUGGACCACCUGAAUGUGGGAGUGGCUCAGGCGUACGUCAAUCAGCGCAAACUGGACCAUGAGGUGAAGACGCUGCAGGUGCAGGCAUCUCAAUUUGCUAAACAGACUUCACAGUGGAUCAGCAUGGUGGAAAACUUCAACCAAGCUUUGAAGGAAAUUGGCGAUGUGGAGAACUGGGCACGCAGCAUCGAGAUGGACAUGAGGACUAUCGCCACAGCUCUUGAGUAUGUGCACAAAGGCCAGAUUCAGACAGCAUCUUCCUAGAAUGCCCUUGCAGAGGGACAGAGAAAAUGGAACAUCUGGUUUCACUGUACACCUCAGUAGUGUAGACCUUGGAUUUCUGCUACAGGGGCUGAAUGGACUGGCUUAUGAUGAGCUGCAAAUGUCUUGACUCAGACUUUCAGCUUAAACAUAGACAUGUUUGUACUGUAGAUGAUGUUGCUUAAUGAUUGUGUAUUUUAUCUGGAAUGUUUUUUAACAGUUCAGAAUAGAAAAACCUACAGCUUUAUAGUUUGCGGUUAAAAAAAAACUGAAAGUAUGUAAGAAAAAUGUUUUAAUGGUCUUUUAGGAUGGAGGGUAACAGUCCUGAAAGCUUACACAAGUCCAAUAUGAAGCACAGUUAAUCUGGACAGUGACAUUGCCUCACGUGUAAAACACUUUGAAUAAAAAUUAAUACCUGUAAAUGUUAUAGUAAUGCACUGAACCAGUAAGUGGCAGCAUGUACUUACUGAAUUUUCUUAAAUAAAUAAAUAGAAUAGAAUAUUCAAUUAUUUGUCACACUUAAAUAUUUCAGAUCAUCAAACAAAUUUACAUACCUCAAGUUAACCAGAGAAAAUACAAAACACAGUUAUUAAAUGAUAAUUUCAUUUAUAUGGGGAAAAAAAAAGCUGUACAAACUUACUUGGCCCUGUAUGUGAAAAAAGUAAUCCCCCUCCACCUCGCCAAAUCAUAAAUUAUUAACCUUAAAUAUGGGUAAUUCAAUUUCUCAUAUCACACCCAGGCCUGAUUACUGCCAGACCUUUUGAAUCAAGAAAUCACUUGCAUAGAACCUGCCUGACGAAAUUAAGCAAGAUCUAAAUUUCCCAACACUGUACGAGUAUAUAUGUUUUUAAAAAUGUAAUUGUGUCUGAGUGCAUGUGUUUUUUCAACUUCUUCAGAACUUUGAAAGAUUUACAUGAAAGAAAAUGACUGAGCUUAUAAAACUCAAAAAUGGAAUAACUAAUAAUAUUGUUCAGGGUGUUGAUAGAUAAUGAUGAACAAACACUGUAUGAGAAAUAAAGCAGAUGGAAAUAGCUUAAAUAUGUUUGAUAUGCUACAGUUUGAUUUGAUUUGGUGUGCUAAUACCCUGACUUGGAUUAAAUUGGACUAUUCUUUAAAACUAAAUCUAAUUAAAUGACAUAGACAAUAAAUGAAAGUAAU